CAAAAUGGUGUGUUUGUUCAUCAACCUAAGAACAGAGAAUGAUCAUGAUGGGAAAUGCUCAAGAAUGACAGCCAUGUGAUAGACCAUGAGAGCAGCAUUCCACAUAAAUGUAAUGUUCUUGAUGUCAUAGGCCAUGCAGUUAAAUGAAGUUGAUGAAAUGCAUCUGGAUGUCAUCAUGUUAUGAUGUUACGUAACGUUAUGUUAAUUCCUAGCUAACAUAGCAAAUGGAGUUUCAUUGGGGAUGGAUUAGUCAAAACGCUGAAAAUGAAUUCCCACAAAGUAAUGCGUUAAAGCAGCAACAAGACAAACAAAUGGGCAAACCGAACUCCUAUAGAAUUAAUGUAUAUAUGUAGCAAAACUAAUAAGAGCUGUCACAUGUUAUAUUUGAUGAGUUCAAACUAUAUGCAUCCGAGCAAGAAGCAAUUUUGAUACUUAAAAUGCCAAUUAUGGUAUGGAUGCAAAAUGCAGUUGUUGGAAGAUGAAGAAGAGAGUUAACCACCACCCUUCAAGGAACUACAGAAACGUCAGAGCUCGUUCUUGUGCUACCAUACCAGUAGUUAAACACGUUUUUCUACCUAAGAAAAAUCCAUCUGCUUGUUCUCACCAACUAUAUAUAGGUUCAUCAAGUUUCAUAUCUUCUUCUGCAUCUCAUCACUUCACGAGUCCCAGAUUUUUCACUUGCUGCUCUUUCAAGAAGUUGCUUCAUCCCUACAAGAGAAGAAGACAGAGAUACGGUUAUAGAAGCCAUGAAACGAUGCAAAUGUCCUGACCUCAAGAUACAACUCCCUAACCGCAACGUGGCUCUCGCUGUCCCUCUCCCACUCCCUCCUCCUUCCUCAUCCUCCUCCUCCGCCGCCAAAAGUUUAUCCGAGCUAAAGAGCCUGCACCGAAUCGGAAGUGGCACCGGAGGAACGGUCUACAAAGUGAUCCACAGUCCCACCUCGCGCCCCUUCGCUCUCAAAGUGAUCUACGGGCACCACGAGGACAACGUAAGGCACCAGAUAUGUAGAGAGAUCGAGAUCUUGCGAAGUGUUGACCACCCUAACGUCGUGAAAUGCCACGGCAUGUUCGAUCACAACGACGAGGUCCAUGUCUUGCUCGAGUUCAUGGACAAAGGGUCCCUCGAAGGAAGGCACGUGUCGCGAGAAGACGAACUCGCUGAUCUCACGCGCCAGAUUCUCAGCGGCUUGGCUUACCUUCACGGCCGUAAAAUCGUCCACCGUGACAUCAAACCGUCGAAUCUUCUCAUAAACUCGGCCAAUAACGUCAAGAUUGCUGACUUCGGAGUGAGUCGGAUCUUGGCGCAGACCAUGGAUCCUUGCAACUCCUCUGUCGGAACCGUCGCUUACAUGAGCCCGGAGAGGAUCGACUCCGAUCAGAAUGACGGACGUUACGACGGUUGCGCCGGAGAUAUAUGGAGCCUUGGUGUUAGCAUCUUGGAGUUCUACUUGGGGAGGUUCCCUUUCGCUGUGAGUAGAGAAGGUGACUGGGCGAGUUUAAUGUGUGCUAUUUGUAUGAAUCAGCCGCCGGAAGCUCCGGCGACGGCGUCUGAGGACUUUCGUCACUUCAUCUCUUGUUGCUUGCAGAGUGAUCCUCCUAAGAGAUGGUCUGCGAAACAGCUUUUGCAGCAUCCUUUCAUACUCAAAUCAACCGGUGGUCCGAAUCUCCCUUAAAUGUUGCCGCCGCAUCGUCCUCUACCUUCGUCGUCUUCUUCUCCGGCGUCCUAGUUGUUUGCUUUUCCCUCUUGUGAUAAAUAAAAGAAUGCUUUUAUGGUUGUGACAGAACCUAUUUAUGUGUUCCAAUAAAAAGGAAGAGAUAAACUAGUUAAAGCCACGACGUAGUGAAAAAAAAAGACCUAAAACUCUCUCUACGACUCAAGCGCCGCCUCAAUCUCUUCUUUCGGAUCUGAGGUCUUCUCUGGCCGGCGCUCCUCGCCGUGCUGUGAGAGGACCUCCUCGAGCUCUCCUAUCUAGUACUAGUCCCUGUGUAGUCUCUUUAGCUUUGCUUGUGGUGGUUAGUGAUGAAGUUUUUGUUCGACGGCGAUGGCGUUUUGGGGGUCGAGCGGUGGUUGGGUGCUGGUGCGUUUCUCGAUGAGGUGGGAUUCUCUGUCAAAGGCGUGUUCUCUCCGCCAGUGGAGAUUAGAGAAUCUGUCAGAUUCGAGGGGGUUUGAGUCUGGUUCGAUGGUGGUGCGUCUCGUUGGUUGGUUGAUCUUCUCUCUGGCUCCUCAUGUUCUUGUCUCCGGUUGUUUCGAUGUCGGCGUGAGGUUUGGAAAUAGGUUCUUCCCUCUGUUUGUUCUUUGGGACAAGCUGUAGAGGACUUAGUGGAAGGGUGCGGGAUGUCUAGCUGCGGAAGUGGUUUGGCGUCUUACUUGGGCUUGGGAGUACUGCCUCUGUUCAUUGGAGUCAACUCCGGUGCUUGUUGAUAUUUGACGGUCAAAGCUUUUUGCGUGCUCAACUUUGGUUUUGAGAGGAACCGAAGGAGAUAAGUGUAUCUCAGUGCUAAUGCUUCUUUGUUGGUCGAUUGCCGCCAAUUUGAUCAUGAUAGUCUUGGAUUUGGAGUGGUUUUUAUUCAGCUACCGGUUGUAUGAAUAAGACGUGGGAAGCCUUUGUAGGCUUCGCCGUGGGGUGAUGGUGCGUAUGAGGCGCGUGGAGAACCCUCUCAAGGUCCAAUGGAUAGAUUUAGUUGGGAUCGAAGGGUGUUUACAACGACGGUUAAGGAUUCUAACCUCUUUAAAUUCUGUUUAUGUGUUGGUGAUGUUCGUGUGCUUCCAGCCUAUCUCUAUGCUCUUCUCAAAUUGUGUUAAUUGUUGAUGAGCUCUCAUUAGGUAUGAUCGUCUUUGAGUGCAAGGUUGAGCACUCCUUUCCUGAAGUUCCUUUCUAUCCUGCCUCAGACAUCUUUUUUCUUCUUUGUUUAGUUUUAAGAGUUUAUGUUA